CCGAACUGCAUGUUGAAAAAGAACGUCAUCUGCCUCCUCAUACAUUUAGCUUGAGCCUAAAUUAGCUUAGAUACAUCUUUCCGAAACGAGUUGUCCUCCCACGUCAACCGACAGCCAGCGGAGCGGGUAUUUAUUCGGGGCUCCCUGUCUCUACGGUGCCAAAACAUGUACAUAAAAGCCCUGUUCCGAUGCAGAGACAUGCUGAAAGCAGAACUGGUCGUGUGAAAUGCGGGCUAGCUUAAUCAAAGCUAGCUGACGGACAGGGGCCGAGGAGCGAAAGUGGCGAACAUUAACGAGGGAUAAGCCGUUCAUGAGAAGCCUGGGUAAACACACCCGCCACUGAAGCCACAGGAAGAAGGACUGGUAGAUAGCUAUUUCCCUACGAAGGCAGAGCCAUGGGCGCGUUCUUGGACAAGCCCAGGACUGAGAAGCACAACUUGCAUGCUGAGGGCAAUGGCCUGCGCUACGGGCUGAGCUCCAUGCAGGGCUGGCGGGUGGAGAUGGAGGACGCUCACACCGCUGUGUUGGGACUUCCGGGUCCCGGUAUGACCGACUGGUCUUUUUUUGCUGUGUACGAUGGUCACGCUGGCUCAAGGGUUGCCAACUACUGCUCUAAGCAUCUUCUGGAGCACAUCAUCGGUGCUAACUCAGUGGCCGGAGGGACCCAAAGCUCGCAGGCCGGUUCAGACAGCUCCGCCAGUGACUCCCCAACACUGAUUCCUCCGUCAGUGGAGACUGUGAAAUCUGGGAUCCGGACAGGCUUCCUGAAGAUUGAUGAGCACAUGCGCAGCUUCUCUGACCUCCGUAACGGCAUGGACCGUAGUGGCUCCACUGCAGUGGGAAUCCUCCUGUCACCCGAUCUCUUCUUUUUCAUCAACUGUGGGGAUUCUCGAGCCGUUCUAUACCGCAAUUCCCACGUGUGCUUCUCCACACUCGACCACAAGCCUUGCAACCCACGUGAGAGAGAGCGCAUCCAGAAUGCCGGCGGCUCAGUGAUGAUUCAGAGGGUUAACGGGUCACUAGCCGUAUCGAGGGCCUUGGGGGACUUCGAUUACAAGUGUGUGGAUGGCAAGGGCCCCACGGAGCAGCUGGUUAGCCCCGAACCAGAAGUGUUUGAGAUGGUCCGGGCCCCAGAACAGGAUCAGUUUGUGAUCCUGGCGUGUGACGGCAUCUGGGACGUCAUGUCCAACGAGGAGCUGUGCGAGUUUGUGAAAUCUAGGCUUGAGGUGUCUGACGACCUGGAGAGAGUCUGCAAUGAAGUGGUGGACACCUGCCUGCACAAGGGGAGUCGGGAUAACAUGAGUGUUGUGUUGGUGUGUUUGCCCAACGCCCCCAAAGUGUCAGAGGAAGCUGUGAGGAAAGACGCUGAGCUCAACAAAUAUCUGGAGUCUCGAGUGGAAGAGAUGCUGUCUCGGCCUUGCGAGGAGGGGUUUCCGGACCUGGUAGCAGUGAUGAGGAACCUGUCCACCGACAUCGGCAUGCCCUCGUUGCCACCAGGGGGGGGCCUUGCCAGCAAACGCAGUGUUAUUGAAGCAGUAUACAACCGUCUGAACCCAUACAGGGAGGAAGAUGGGAGCGGAGCCGAGUUGGAGUACCACUGGUAGCUGUCCAGCACAACUGCCUGAUCCCAAAAGAACAGGACCACUUUUCCACACAAGAUCACAUUCAUAGUCCCCUUUUUUAAUUUCCUCUGGGGUGUUUUCUUUUCAUUUUUAUUCCCCACACCGAGAUCAAUCAAAGCAGAAAUCCUGGAUUUAGAAACAAACAACACACCUAAUGUGGAGGACUGCAAAACAGGUUUAGUCGGUUCUUUUUAUAGAACAAAAUGGAGGGGAAAUGAGAACAACUGAGUUAAAAUAUAUAUAUAUACGGUAUAUACUUAAGAGAGGCAAACAAGCACAGUUUCUCUUCCCCCUUCUUGCUUUCUUUGUGGUGGAUUGACAGAGGCACAGGAGCAGCCCUGCUCUGAACGCUUUGGGGCUCUAUGGUGCCUUUCUCAGAACGGAGAGAGACGGGAGGCCCUCGCAAAUCAACAGCAAGCCAUUACCAAACCUGUUUGUAAGAUACUGAACGGAAAAGGGGUUUGUUGGCUGCCUUUUUUUGUUGUUUUUUGUGGCAUUAUUUGUUUUGAAGUGUGAACUUUACUUGCACCUGACUGGCAGCCAACUGACCACACAAGCCGGCGACUCCCACAAAUCUCCAGCUACGCUGUCCGGCUCGUUCCAGCAUGGGGUUCUGGGCAUUACUGGUACUCUACUAGAUGAGGGCCCAACACUUCACCUGGCCGUGCACCUGGCAGCCUCACAGAACUCCAAAGCCCACUCUAUCCAAAGACUUGAGUCAAACCCUCAAAUUCAUCAUCGGCGGACCCACGCCUGAACACAAGGGGAGCACUCGUGAGAGGGCGGAGUCUGUCGGUCUCCUCCACACUGCGUCUUCACUGAAACAGGACAUGGGCUGGCGUUCCUGGCUACAGAUAGGAAUUACAUGAAGAUGGUUUAAACCCCGAGUGUGAUGACUCUCCUUGCACGUCGUCCGCGCUCAUUCUCUCUCUCUUCCCGUAGGAUGUUGUUACACAGUUGAUUUCUCUCUCUCUUCCCUCUGUCUCGCUCUCUUCUCGCUUUCUGUCUCUUCAUAUGACAGAAGAGACACUGCUGUCAUUUGCAUUGGCAGACAUUGCCAGAAUCAUAAGCUUGUUUAAGAGAUAGAAAGAUACUUAUAUAUUAAAUUCAUAUUUAUAUAUAUAUAUAUAUAUACAUAUAAAAAUAUAUUUUGAUUGGUUUGUUUCAUCCUAAUUCCCAGCCAUGGUAUUCGUUGUGGCCUAAUAUGCGUGUGUGUGUGUGUAUGUGUGCACUUUUUUGCGCGUGGACAAAUUAAAACACAAAAAAGUCCAAGUUGCACACCGUGUUCCCACACAGCAGCGUUCCAAAGACAGGGUUAGGGGAAAUUCCAUCCUCACCUUCUUCUUCUUCUUCUUCCUCUUCCUCUUCCUCUUCCUCUUCCUCUUCCUCUUCCUCCUCUUCCUCCUCCUCCCCCCUUCUCCUCGACACACACACAAUCCUGCUUGUGCUACAACUUGUCUUUUCUAGCUGUCAAUUAACUUGUAACAAAACAAAUAUGCCUUUUUUUUUUUGUUGGUUUUGAUUGGAACCCCCCCCACCCCCACCCAUCAAUUGCCUUUUUAAAAAAAAAAAUGUUUAAAAAAAUAAUUAUAUAUGACUUUUUAGAGUACUGUGGCCGUGGGUAAGAAAACAACAAGGGGAGCAUGAUAUAUACCUUGUACAGCAGAUCUGGGGAGAGGCGUACAUUUUUGGUGUUUCACUGUAGGAAGCCCUGCUUUGACUCUUCUCAUCGACUAGGAGUCCAUUUCAUUUCUUUCAAAUUCGAGCACUAAUAAGUGAUUGAAACAAAUAUAUUUCAGAAAAGGCCUCCUCUUUUUCAGUCCGUUUGAAACAAAUGUGGGCAUUGACAACGUGGAUACGCAUACUUUGCAUGUGUAUUUUUCUUUCUUCUGUAGAUGCAUUUACAAUAGGCUAUAAGUACAUACAGAACUGUAAUAUACUCUUCUUUUUUUUUAUCAUUCAAAUGUGCUUUCUGAAGUGGUAGUGUUGAAAGAGAAUAGGCCUAGCAGAUUGCUGGCUGAGUAAUGUUCUUGUGGUACCCUUGCUCUUGAUGCUAUAUGACAAAUAGGUACUUGAAUGUGUAGUUUUUUUUGCGGUUGCGUUUAAUGGGAUGAUUGAUUUUUUUUUUUUUUCUUCUUUUGUUUGUGGUGGAGGGAGGGAGUGGGAGGGGUGGGAUCUCUAUAGUUGUGCAUGUUUUGUGAUUGAGGGAGGAGUGUAUUUUGUGUGUGAGAUGUACUAAUGUGGGCAUGUUCAGUGUGGUGAAAACCCAACGUUGGAAAGGAAAGGGGGAUGAUAAAAGAACAACAUGGAGGAAAGUGGAACACGUAGCAGGAUAUUAUUUGUCUUUUAGGACUGAAGUUCAGUUGGUUAAACCCCCAAAUAGUGGAUGUUUUUUUUACUGCAUCUGAUGUUUUGUUGUUCUGACAUUGAAUCCUUUCCAUGGUUGACUCCUACGAUGUAUUCACGCCAACACUUCCUGACUUUUUAACGUUGUAUAAGGUUUCGCCACACAGAAUUUUUUUUUUUUUAAGGUUUAUGUUUAAGCUAAAUCAGACACUGGGCUAGGAGAGAAAUUAAGGGAGGGAAGGAAGGAGAAACAUUAAUUCUUUUUUUUAUUUUUAUUUUUUAAAUGUAAUUUUUAUUAUUCACACUGAUUCCACUGCAUGGACCGAAUACAAGCAGCACUGCAGCAUCACAGUCUCUCCUCAUCAGUCAUUUAAUGACAAAACAAGCUCAUUUUGCGCCCCUUAAUUUUCCCAAAAAAAAAGGAAAAAAGAAAAGUAUGUGAGAAUAAUUCUUGUUGUUGGAAUAUAAUCUCAAGAUUUACGUGGGAAGACUUUGGUAGUGGUGCCUGAAUAAUUUGAGCCUGACUUUCAGGAUAUGUUAAGCGAAGAUAAUUUUGCCUCCCCGGAUGUAUCGAUAUUCUGGGCCGCAGAAGGGAGGCGGGAUAUUGGAAACGGCUCCGAAACAGCAAAAGACAGACGUGACAUUCCUCAUGUGGGCUUUUUAGGAUGGAAGUGAACCGUCGUACCCGUUGCCUCCUCCCUCUGACAUGUCUAGGCACUCUUUAUAUUCAUACUGUUAGAGUUGACAGAUUUAUGACGGCGUUGGUAAAUUCCACACUUUUUUUAUUUAUUCCAGUGCUUUUUAGCUCUUAUAAAAAAAGAAAUGCUGUAUUUUGAAGACAGAAUAAGGUCAUGUUAACCUGGUCUGCAUUUCAAGAGUAAUGUGUGACCCCACUCACCUUCAGGUUUAUGAGACAACACCAUCCCUUCUUCCUGUACUCGUUUCCCAGUAUGCUAUUGUGAUGUUACAGACCAUACAGUGAACAUAAACGUCAAUAAAAGAUGGAUUUAAGUUUAAAA